GGCGAGCUAAUUAGUUAAUGGUUAAUCAAGUGCUCGGGUGCGGUCGCAUAGGCCUCGACGCGGAUCGCGACGCCGGAGACGGCGAGGGAGGAGAGGGGAGGGGGAGAGACACCCGCCACGAGCAGCGCGUGCUCACAAUCCUCCGGCUGUGGGUAGGCGACGGCGAGCGGUUGGUCGUCGCUCCCACGGCCGAUUCGCCAGAGAGGCUGCGGUUGGCGGUGCAGGAGUACCGGAGGCCGUGGACAGAGACGCUGCCGUGGAGGAGGUGACAGGCGGAGGCAGGAGCGAGGAGGACGGCGCCGGAUUUGGACAGCAGGACGUGGCGAUGCCCCAAGUUGGGAUGCGACACGGACAUCUGCGACGGCCGACUGCAGCAGCGGCAGCGAGGCCUCCGCCGGCGCCGCGAAAGGCUACACCGUGCACGGGAGGGGUGGUGGAGGGGCGCGGGGGGGCGCCGGAGGCUGUGUCAUGUGAGCGGUUGCCUGUCGGCGCGCGCGCGCACAGCACUGUUCGCGAUGGGUUCGGCUGAUGCUCAGGCGAGGAGGCGCGGCAUAGGUUGUCAGACUUGUACAGUUUCGCGCGGGGCGAAAUUUCUUUUUUUAAGCACGUCGAGAGGUGUCCGUUUGUAUUUAUUUUGAUACCCCUGCUUUUGAAGCCACGCAUCGAAGCCCAGCACCCGUUUCUCGUACUGCGCGCUAACCCGCUGCUGCCGCUCCUUGCCUUGGAAGCUGCCUGCCUGGAGCCACACCUGGAACUUGCCGUGGUGCUCGGCGUCGUUUGUGUAGUCCUUGCGUUGCGGCAUCGAUGCGACCGACAAAGAGCCCGCUGGGGUCUCCCUUGCGAUUGCCUCGGUGCCCCGCCAGCGUGCUUUUGUCAUCAUGCUGUCGUGCCUCUCCGCAGCCGCCGCGCUACCGCGGCCUCCGCCGCGGAAGGUGGCCCGCGCCUUCGCGAAUCCCGUCUUGCGGCUUUUGCCGGAUGCCCACCGCUUGGCCUCAUUGCGGGGGCGGCCACCGGGCCGUGCCGUGGCCGCCCCCGUAGCUCGCGAAGCUGCGAACCGGGCUGCGUCCACUGCGCCGCGCCGGCGCGCCGCGACCGUCGGCCCCCGGACUCGGUUCUUCGCGGCCUGCGCCGGAGAGUUGGCGGUCGUGCGCUGGGUGGUGAUCGUCAUCUGUCUGCUCUGCUGUGCUUCUCGCUCGUGCGUC